GCAGGAAGAACGUUCUCUCGCAGGGGCUCACACUGAUCCAAGUUAGGAGCUUUCAGCUGCCAGCCUUGGCCCAUCAUGUAAGUGCUGCGGAGAAUUCUUUGCAGUGCAAUUGCAAAAUUACCUCGUUUCCCGACGCCUGUGGGGGCUGUGCAAUUGUAACAUCGCUCUUUGCACGGACACGCACGCUUCGGACGCAAAGGGGCUCCAAGUGCAUGAAGAUCGAGGCUUGUAUUUUGCAUCUUUGUUGCAAAGCAAGCCGCUGAAGCUCCAGUGCGAGGGCGAUGGAGGGAGGGAGUGAGAAAGAAGGCAAAGUCUUUUGUGCUUCCCCUCCCCCUCAUCAAAGCAAAGGGGAAAUGUCUCAGCCAAAGGGAGGUAAGAGGAAGCCGGUGCUCAAGCUCUCCAAGGAGGUGUUUGAGCAGCCUCCUCCCGCCGCUGUACCCCCCAGAGAUUUGGAUUCGAAAGCUUGUGUAAUCAUCGGAGAGAAGAAUUUCGAGGUGAAGGCGGAUGACCUGGAGCAGAUCUGCGAGCUCGGCCGAGGAGCGUACGGCGUGGUGGACAAGAUGAGGCACGUGCCCAGUGGCCUGAUCAUGGCUGUGAAGCGGAUUCGGGCCACCGUGAACACACAGGAGCAGAAGAGGCUGCUCAUGGACCUGGACAUCUCUAUGAGGACAGUGGACUGUUUCUACACAGUUACCUUCUACGGAGCACUAUUCAGAGAGGGCGACGUGUGGAUCUGCAUGGAGCUGAUGGACACCUCCCUCGACAAGUUCUACAAGCAGGUGAUCGAGAAGGGCAUGACCAUCCCCGAGGACAUCCUGGGAAAGAUCGCCGUCUCAAUAGUAAAAGCUUUGGAGCAUCUGCACAGCAAUCUGCAAGUCAUACACAGAGAUGUGAAGCCCUCCAACGUGCUGAUCAACACUCAGGGCCAGGUGAAGAUGUGCGACUUUGGCAUCAGCGGCUACCUGGUCGACUCUGUGGCUAAAACCAUGGACGCUGGCUGCAAGCCCUACAUGGCGCCGGAGAGGAUCAACCCCGAGACGAACCAGAAAGGCUACAACGUCAAGUCUGACAUCUGGAGUUUAGGAAUCACAAUGAUCGAGCUCGCCAUCCUGCGCUUCCCGUAUGACUCGUGGGGCACGCCCUUCCAGCAGCUGAAGCAGGUGGUGGAAGAACCUUCGCCCCAGCUUCCUGCCGACCAGUUCUCCCCCGAGUUCGUGGACUUCUCCUCUCAGUGCUUAAAGAAAGUUUCCAAAGAGCGGCCGACUUACACAGAACUCAUGCAACAUCCCUUCUUCACCUCCCAUGAGGCCAAAGAAACCGACGUGGCUAGCUUUGUGAAAGUCAUCUUGGGGGACUGAGUUGCCACACUUACACAGGAGGGAGGGAAGAUCUGUUAAAAUGAAAAAGAAUAAACAAACAAACAAAAAGCACCAAUCGCAGCCCCUGUUACCUGCAGAACUCCCCCUGCCUCGCCGUACUCUCACCCCUCCCUCCAGAAACAGACAGACGGAGCCCAGAGGAGAAGCUGACGAAGCAGAAGGUGGAGUUUGACCCCGCCCCCACCUGGCCUCCAUGUCCUCUGUGCAUUACCUGACAUGAGAGGGGUGGGGGAGACGGGUGCCUCACAAAUAAUCUGGAAUAAUUUAAAAUGUCUGUAUGCAAAAUCUCCCUCUUUGGUUCGAUUUGUCCCACCUCUGUGCGCCGCCCACUACUCAGACAUGGCCGUUAUUCGUCAGCGAGUUGACCUUGAGUUUGACCGUCUGUGGUUUAACUCCACACACGGUCAAACUCGAGGUUUUUCUUCUUUUUGCUGAAAAAAGGAAGUGAAAAGAGGUGCAGAUUAUAUAAAAAAGAUGAAUGAUAUAAUGCUAUCUAUGUAUAAUCUAAAUGUUUGUAUACUCAAAGCAAGUGUUGCAUUGGUUUAUUAAUUGAUUGCAUGUACAGAAUAUAUGUUUGGGUGAAAACGGGCUCAGACGGCCAGUGAGGAACCGCUGUAGAGUCCGAUAGUUGAAGACCUGCAGAUGUACGGCAAGGCCCUCCUAGUGGUCACAAAUAGGUACUGCACUUCAACUGCUUUGCCUUGAUUACAACAGAGAUCUACUACACGUUUUGGGCUCUGGCUGCCUGUGAGUGUGUAAGUGUGUUUGUAUGUGUGUGAGCUGGUGCAUGAUAUGUGUGUGUUUGUAGGGCUGCACGAUUUUGGGUAAAAUCAGAAUAGCAAUUUUUGUACUCAGAGUCGAGAUAAUGAUUUUGUCUCACGAUUCUUAGGGUAACAAUUUUUUUAUUUAACUUGUCCUGUGCAGUCUCAUUGUGCCUGCGAGAGCUUGUCAGUUAUAGUGAUGCUUUGAAUGAACUUCACGUUAUUUAUGUUUUUUGUGGCCAGGCGGCAGGAUUUUCGGGUAGAUUUCGUGGCCUUGGUACCUUCAUAUUGUACUUGGUUGUAGCGUUUUGAUGCAAUAUGUAUUUUGUCCAAACACUGCUUGCACAACACAUGCAUGUGCUCAUUGUGUGUCAAACAGGGUUCAGAGCAAAGUUUUGGAGCGAAAUUGAUUAUUUUUCUUUUCUUCAACGAUGCCUGCCUCCCAGUGGUUUGUGGCUUACAGGCAGGGAUUUUCCAGUAGUUUUCGUAGCCUUGGUACCUUCAUAUUGUAUUUUGUCGUGUUUCAGAUGGAUACAUUUAUUUAUUUUUUUAUAUUCCUUGAUUCUAACAAUAAUAAAGAUUUGACUGUGUUUGUUCAGAGCCAUAUUGGUCACUGUGCAAAGUGCAAAUUAUGUGAACUCUGUUCACAUAGCUGCAAGGGUCUGCAUGAUGUCAAUUUCAUCAUCUACUCAUGUCUGCAAGGGUCAGCUCGGACCAUCGACAUGCAGCUUAUAAUUUGUGACCAUAUGUGCAAGAGCGUAUGUGGCAACAAAUAUGCGCACACAUCCGCAAAUGCAGACCCCCCGUGUGGUAAACAGAACUGUGUGUUGUCCCUCUAGGACUCGGCCACACCAGCAUUUCAAACAGUUACAUUUCCGCAGCAGUCAGUGGAUUUGCCUGUGGAUUGAAAUGUAAAUCUACACUUUUGCGGAGGGUUCAACUUUGUUGAACUUUGAUUUGCGAAUUUGUGCCACGGACCACUUGGCAAACUGUCUUGACAAUGCUGACCUUCAAAGGAGCGGAGAGAACUGGAAAGUUCAAAAUGUAGACUAUUUGCAUGACCUGCCAAUAGUUACUAUGUCACCAAGCUUCCAGCACCAUCUAUUUCUUGAGCAAAUAAAUUGUGCUGUGCCGCUGCCUGUAAGGCGGGGGUAUGGUUGAAACAACAUGUUGUCUGGCAACGUCUGGAGGCAAAAGUGUUUAUAGCUGCUCCGAAUGGCCACACUUAAAGGCAAGAAGGCGAAAACCCUGCCGUCAUAAAGAGGGCUAAUGGCGUACACGUUCGUAUAGAGUCUCCCCACACCUGGCCAAUCACAGUCGGAUUGUCUGCUUUGGAAAGUUACAGAUGCAGCCGCCCAAUCACAGUGUCGAGAAAGUGUGAAGGGAGGGGGGAUUCAGACGCUGUUCAGCAAUCCGACAAGCACUUUGGCUGAAGCACACCGACGCCUUUACUAACCUGUCUCUCUCACACGGACGUAACUUUCGAUUUACUUUCUGUUUCACAGAAAGUCCGUCACGUGUUCCCACCAGUUGUAACACAGGCUCGUCACUUGUGGAACGGAGAAAUUAAAAAAGCACUUAGUUUGAUGCAGCGGACCGCCCUGCUAAUGCAAAUACACGUGUAAUGAGAUUGCACAGAGGUACUACGAGGCGAAAUUGCGAUUUAAAUCCAGUCAGUCAUGCAGCCCUGCUUGACACACACACAUUUUUAAGUGAGUUGUGUGUUGACAUUGUGGUCAGUUGUGGGAGAAGAUUACCCAUAUUCUCCUUGUUGUCUGUACUGAGCCAAUCACAACCCUCUCCACUCCAUGUUCAACAUGAAAAGAACUGGAUAUUAUUACUAUUAUUAUUAAUAUUAAUAUUAUAUUAAUUAUUGUUGUUAUUAUUUAGAUCCAGGUUUUUUUCCCCCAGACAUAUUUACUGCAGUUUUUCUUAUUUAUUACAACUGCUGUUUUCCCUCUGAAGACUUGACCGAUCCAUUAGAGACUUGUGUGUUUGUGUGGGCUGCGUAUGUUUUUGUCGUGUUCUUCUUGGCUCAAACACGUAAAUGCUUUUGAACUGUAACUUGCAAGCCUUCUAUGUGCCUCUCUAUUGAAAACAACUAAGGAAAUUAAUAUGUUGUAGUAAAGAUGAUGCAGGGAUGUCUGCCUCUCCCAUCAUGUCAGCUUCCUCCCUUUUCACCCUCUGCAUGGCAUCAUAAAUCCACUUCCUGUUUGUUUUCAUUACUUUGUGUUUCUCGUUGUAGAUGGAGCUCCAGAUCAUCAGUGGUUUUCUUCUACAUGUUUGUACUCAUCUCUGUUGUUGCAUUGGUUCUUGGCUUUUUUCUCAUGGUGGUUUCUGAUGACAGAAAGCGUUGGGCUGCCUACAUAGAGCUCAGCUGACGCCUUUAGUUGUUAUGCAAGUACUACUCUAAUGACAAAAUGGAAAACUUGAAAUACUGUUUGUGGCAGGGUGGCAGGAUAUUGUCACAGUUGGAGAAUUUACAUCAUGUUCUUGCCUAUAAAUAUUUUGUUGCUGGGUUAUCACUUGAUUUUUUCUGUAUUUGUGUCUGUCUUCAGUCCAUUUUCGCUGAGUUUCGGUCACUUUUGCUGUGCUCAAAUUGUUUCAUUGUUGCUUAAAGGCUCAAUCUGUGAUGUAAAAGGAGACAAAAAGGAUUGGAAUCUGAUAUGGCUCCCAAAUUAAUUGACAGCACUUCUAUUUAACCUUUUGCCACCCACUGGUAAGCCCACGGGACGCUACCAAUACGUAGAACUUUGACGGACUACUAGCACUAAGACAAAUUACAUGAAUACGAACAUGUAAAAUAUAUAUGUGAAUAGAUUAGACUCGUCUUUUUAGUCAUCGUGGUCAUUUUCAGGAAGAAUGCCCCGUUCUAAAAAUAAUUCAGGUACAAUGCAUGGCAGAGUAUACCACCGAAACCUAAAAAACAUGGCGUCUGGCAGUCCAACAGUGUAACAAAUCCUUGAAAACUUUGCGUCCAAAUUCAUCACAAUUCAACACAAAAAUUGUCUGAUGUUUAGUUUAGGCGGACCACUCCCAAAGGGUCGAGCAUUUAAAGCUGCAUUAAUUAUUGUUUUUUGCCACUAGGGGCAGCGGAACAAGCUGUAAACACAUCAUUGACUCAUCAUCACCUUAUAAAAUUGUUAUAUUGGCCUAUUUACACAUCCAGCAGAUACGGAGAAAUCCAAUAUUCACUCUCCUUUUAGCUCUGUUUGGUCUUCAUCAGCUACUGAGAAAUACAUCUGGCUGCUAAAUGCUCCAUUAUGUUCGCUAGCCAUUGGCUAACUUUGGCAGGUAGAGCUGAGGAGGACUGCAGAGUCCGAUGAUAAUUCUCUGUGGGUUUGUCACUACAAGUGAACCCUUUCAUAUUGCACAUUGUUGUUUGAUUCUGUGUUAAUAUAAAAAUAUGGAUUAGUGCAGCUUUAAGUGAUUGUUUUCUGAUGCUGUCAAAGGUUUGUUUACUUCAGCUGGAAAAUAGGCCUAAAAUUUCAAUUAUGUUCUUUUUGAAGAAUUUGACGAUUUUCAACUCCUCCUCUUCAAACAUGCAGUAAAUAUAGUUGUAAUACACACAGCAACUACAAAUUGAGCCUUUAACAAACACCAGGUUCUACCCUCUGAGGUUCAGUGCAUUUGUUAACAUUUGUAUAACUUCUGAAAAAAUAAUAUUCUGUCUUUGCGGUUUUUUGACAUUCAAAACAAACUCCUGUCCUUAGUCCAGUACAGUUCGUCUGUCAUUUAAAUGCGGCCACCAGGGAGUUUCCUGUUUUGUAACAGACUAGCAAUUGUUAGACUUCAGACUUCUCUUCACCCUUCACACCAUAAUCUGCUCCCUGCUGGGCUCAGGUCCCACAGCCUUCAGCUUACUGUCCUCCAGAUAACUCCUUUAAGUUCCUCCAAGUGUUACUAACAGACAAAGGUCUGGCUCAUAAAGCUUCCUUCUCUCUUUAUUUGCUGUACUGAACUGUUAACCUACUCCCAUUAUGGUUACCAAACAAUUUACCACAGCUUGCUCUGCUGAAAGCAGAUGACACACAGUGGAUGUGAUUGCAUUUUUACUCCUACAUGCAUCUCACUUUCCUAACUCUUCCUUUGUAAUGAACGUGAGUCAGAGGUAGGUGGCAGUCUGUCAGACAAAACUCACUGCCAGCCACCAUAAUGACGACAUUAAGGGCUCCCUCACUUGUACAUUUCUGUGUGAAGGAUGGAAAUAUACUCUUGAGAAACUCUAAUUGCCCUCAGUGUUUUAUUGCAUGAUGAAAUUGGCCAAACUGAAACGCGGCCUGUCACAGGUCUGUUCUGAUCCAUUGUGUUCGUCCUGCAUGCUGUUUUUUUUCUCUAGAAAAGAUGUUGACGAGUCCCUGAGUCUCUAAUGAGGAGCGGUGUCUCAGAGUCCCCUUUGUUCAUCAGAUAAUCAGCAUCAUUUUCACCAGUUAAGCGAAUGUGACCAAAGAGGAGCCAGGCUCAGGGGACGGGGGGUCUUUGAGGAAGGGGACAGUGUGUGCAGACUUCCUGCUGCUUGAUGAGCAUCCAGGAGAGAUCUAGUCAUCCCACCUGUUGAAAAUAACGGGAUGCUCCGCUUUCAUUCAUCAUCACGUGCAUGGUCCAAUAGCAGUGAUUUAGGUGUGCGUAGUAUUUGUAGGUCUUUUUAAGUGCCUAACAAUGCAAUCCUGUGGUGAACAUUUACAUUUAAACACUUCUCCGUCUUUGUGAAUGAUGCUUAAACACUGUUUUUGUCCUUCAGUUCCUCUCUGGGACGCACUGACACUGCAUGUUGCUGUUUGUUUUGCACUGUACUGAGGAGCCAUAUCACAUAGUCACAUUGUAGGAGUAUACUGUAAGAAAGUCAUUUUGACCAUGAAAGGUUGCAUGUGGACAGUGUUUCAGUUUCAGCAAGGUGUUUUUGGCUUUUUUGAGAGAGUUUGGAAUUAUGAGGUUCUGACUUUUCUUUUAUGAAAUCGCAGUACUAAUAGUAGCUGUAUUUUCUUCACCUAAAGAGGCUUUUAUAUGAGACAGGUUAUUUUUUAAGUACAUAACACACGUAAGUAUUUCUGCUCCCAUUAGUUUGCUGAUUCCGCUGUUUACUUUUUACUAUUGUAAACUCAACACCCCUAAGCCUUCCAUAGGUUUAGGAGCCAGAGUCCCUUAACGUCACAUGUAAGCUGUUAUUGUGAAACACUUGCUGGAAGUGUUCAGUUUCACUAACGGCAGUUUAAAGGAAGCCUGUAGAGUGUUUCUCACCAAAAUGCAUUGUGUGCAUCCUUGAGGCCUAACAAGCGUACUGGAUGCAUUUUCUUCCACGUAAAACAUUUGCAAAGCUGAUGUUUAAAAUAUUUGAAAUCCUGCAUUGUUUACAUUCAUGUUUACUAGCUCACUGUCUUCUUUAGUGUCCCUGCUGGCUCUUCUUAGCAUGUUACCGCCACCGACUGUCGAUCAGUGGAAUAGUGUGAAACCUUUGGGGUGCGUCGUGUCGCCAUGUUUUUGUGCGCAUGUGCACGAGAUAUAAACAAAAAGGGGACCCACUUGUAAAAACACUGCUCAAUAGUGCCACUAGUGGACAAAACUCCACAGGGUACGUUUCACAUGAAAGUGGAGCAAGGCUGAAUUAAUCAGCAUGAAAGAGUUUCAUCCUACAGUGCAUACUCAUUUUAACCAGGUUUGGUAGUGAACGCAAUUUUUAGUAUUGCAUUUACUUUAGAAAAUAGACCAAAUUAAAUAUUUCCGAGAUAUCGGUAUGCAUGUCAAAUUGGCUUGAUUUGUCAGUUUAAUUUCACACUAUUGUCCCACGUGGCAGUGCGUAAAGGAGGAGCAGGAGCUAGUCAGAUUGAAAGUAUCUAUACUAAUUGCUGCUCCAGCAAGAUUUUAUAACACUAAACAAAAAGAUAAUAUAAAAUUAUAUUUUUGGAAUAAAAUUUUGCUUUCUCUUGUGAAUUUUAAUUUGUUUAAUAAUUAACAUCUGUCAACCCGAAAUGGUAAUGUACAUGAAGUUAAUAAAAGGAAUUAUUUAAUUAAAAUUAAGUACAUACUAAUUCCAGGUUUGUCAAUGCCACCUUUUUUUUGUAGCAAUUCAGUUUUUUAACUGAAGAGUUUUGUAGUAUUUGUUGUUGUGCGAUCACACUGAAGAAGUGACAAAAUUAAAUGUACUCAAAGAUGUCAGCUUGUUUAUUAAUUUAGCUCAGUUUUUGUGGAGUAGUUUGAUGGACACUGUUCUCCCACAAUGCAAUGCACAGAGGAGACAGAGGAGCUGCUCACAGCUGGACAAAAUUAAAAAAUGGCAGAUGAUGGUGAGGCAGCUCCAGGAAAACUUUAGAGAACAAAGAAAUAAAAGAUAAACUAUCAAACCUUUGGAGAAGUACAUUAAUAACUUGUAUACGAACUGCAAAAAAGUAAACCACCGCUACUACUCCCUACUGGCGGGAUUAAUGCUGUAGAAAUGUGCAUUGUGCUAAAUUUACAGAGCUAUUAGUAAAUGGAUUGUUAAUUUGUUUUUUUUUCCCUCUGGCCUUUAUUCAGUACCAACCAACAGGCCACAUUCUGGCUAUUGUUUGAGGAUUUACAGUAUCCACCGAUUAAUGGGACAGGUCAUCCCAAAAUCAAAAAUACAUAUUUUUCCUCUUACCUGUUAUCCAUCUACAUUGUUUUGGUGUGAGUUUUGGAGAUAUCGGCCGUAGAGAUGUCUGCCUUCUCUCGAAUAUAAUGGAGAGCAGUUUCGUGGAGCAACUAUCGGCAGAAAGAAAAUAGUUCCCACAUGAAACUGCUCACAACAAAUCUGGGGAUUAUCUUGAGUAACCGGGUCAUGAUGUCUGGAAAGAGACGUUGCUGUUGAGUUUUUCAAAUGUAUUUUUUUGGCACUUUGAGCGCCACAAGCCGAGUGCCAUGUAGUCCCAUUAUAUACAAAAAAAAAUGCAGACAUGUCUGAUAUCUCCAAAACUCGCACUAAAACAAUCUAGAUGGAUAAAUAGCAGGUAAGAGGAAAAAUAUGGAUUUUUGGGGUGAACUGUCCCUUUAAUGGUGAUUUUAAAUAAAUUUAUGGUUGUGAAAAGUUCAUCUUUGGAAAACCAUUUACUAAAGUACUUCACAGUGUCGUUACGUCAGAUAUUAACUCAAAUAUUUGAUGCUCUGUAUCCCAAAGCUGCACUCAGAACCUUGUAACUCCACACUCGCAGUUUAUUUCUUCUGCUUAGCAAACAGCACCCGCACGUCUGGUCACACUUGACUCGUAUUCAAUUUUCAAUAAGCUGUAAUGAGAAAAGAGUCGAGUCCAAUCACUCAUCACAUGGCAUUUUCCUGUGUGUGUGUGUGUGAUUCUGCUUGUGUGUAAGUGUGCAUUUGUCUGUCCCAGUCAGUGUGCUGGCCAGAGGGCAGUGCUAUCAUUACCCUGCUGUUCUUCUCUGGGGAGAUAAUAAAGUGGGUCACAUCGCUCACACAGAUAAAACAGUCAUCACCCUCCGCCCUCCUCAAAACCUGCAUCAAGAAAAGGUCUUUUUUUGUCUCAGCUUCUCUUACAAGUCAGGCUUUGUGUUUUCUGUAUGAGCAUUCAUAUAUGUCUGCUUGCAUGUGGGAAUUCCCGUCUGCGGGUCUAUUUGUGGCUCGUGCUCACCUGCUGAGUAAACUUCUGUCACUAGGGGUUAACGGGGGCAGGACGUCCGAGUGGAAACUGUCCUUCGUGGGCGAUUAUUUUCACAUCCCAUCAUGAGUCCCCUCUUAUCCUCUUGAGUUUUUCUGAGGGCCCAACAACAGGCACGUAUUUCUGGAUGAUGCGUCGGUAACAUCCAGUAGGCGAGUGGCUUUUACUGGAAGACCCCUCUUUUCUUUUUUUUUUUUUAAGUGUUUGAAGGUCAGAUACAGAUUUUAGGCUCUAAGAGAAUCAGAGGAAAUUUUGCUCACCUUCUUCCUCAUCCUCAAAAUGUGUCAGCGGAUGAAUCAAAAAUAUCAAAGAGCCGGUGUCUAGCGCUACCAGCCCUUUACAAAUUGUGUUCCGCCAGAUUAUAUUUAGUGUAACUCUGUUGUUAGCGUGUGAACCGUGCUGAGGUUUCUUGGACGCUUUGUUUCUCCCCAUCUAUCGCACAGCACUUCUCGAGGUCGAAUACUACGACAUGACUUGUGAACCGUGGAGCUUUCUGUUUCUCUGUUGCAGGUGGUAAACUGCUGGUACACACAGCUAUAUGUGACUUCUGAUGUUGCGGUGUUGUGUUCUUUUAUUCGGCGUGGGGAUUCGUGUCGGGGCAGUGCCGGGUUUUUCAGAAUAAGACGUAUCCAGAGAUGCUACUGUACGUGGAAGAGGGUCUUUUCGUUGCUGUUGGGUGCGUUCGGGGAGGGUUACCGUGGCUACAGCUCCUUGCCCCAUGGGAAGUGAAGUUCUCAGUAUAUUUACACAUCUCUAAAGCCUCUGCUAAAGACUGAUGACUGUUCAUUUAGAGCUCAAUGAAUUUCUAUAAAUAUUUUAGAUUGCUCAACUGAUUAUGUGCAAUUGUAAUGAUGGAAAUUCAAUAAAAAAAGAGGUAUUUUUACACAAUAA